AUGGCUGAAAUCAAACCCUACCCCAGCACCAGCACCAGCACCAAAUCCACCAACGCCAUAACCCUCUCCUCCAAGCCCGAAACAAACCAAACACAAGAAGGACUAAACACAGUCCUUGCUACUCUCUCAUCCAGCAUUUUAAAAAAGGGCACAAAACGAUCUCUAAGCCCUUCCGCCUUCUCCACCACCAGCACCACCAGCGACCAGCCCGCCCGGCAGCAGAAGAAAAAGAGGCGCACCAAAUGGAAACCCCUUGCCAUUUCGGUGCCCUCACAGCCCGCAUUCCACGGGUCUAUCACUAUAAAGCCCCGGGACGAGGCCCUGAAGUACGCGAAGGAGGCGUACCGAACGCAGUUUGAGGGCGAGAGUGCACAUACCAACACCAACACCAUCACCAGCAACACCAGCAACACCACCAUCACCACUAACACCACCACCAGCAGCAACAUCUCCAGCCCCAGUUCGAACACCAGCACCAGUGCCCCAUGGCAUGUAUUCUGGGUCGACGGGUCUUAUAACACCAAUAUCCAGGGCUGGACAAGCGCAGCCGUCGUGCACAGCACCCAGGGUCAAAUCGACAACUUCGUAGACCGCGGGUACGCAGUCCAAGACGUUUCCGAGAUCAAGUAUCUCGAGAUGUUCGGGAUCGGAGCGGCGCUGCGCCUAGCCUGGGAUCGGAUCCGUGGAAAUGCAGGAAAGGAGGAGUCCUCAAGCGACUCGGAGGCCGAGUCUGAGUGGUCUUCAUCAUCAUCAUCAUCAUCAUCAUCAUCAUCAGACUCAGACUCAGACUCGGUCUGGGACACUCAAAAGAAAGAAAAGAAAGAGGAGGAAGAGAAGAAACGCUCACAUACACAUAAAGUAAGCGUCUUCUCAGAUAGCCAGGAUGCGAUCAACGCGCUCAAGAACCUGAGUCUAUCGGAUCAGCCGGGGCGGGGAACGGGGGUUUUAGAAACCGAGAAGGGACGAUCGGGGAGGGACGUGACACUCAUGGUUGCAGAGCUCUCGAAGAGACUGGCCAUGUUGGGGGUCGUGGUUGAGCUGCAUUGGAUCCCGGGCCAUACGGACCAUGUGGCGCAUAAACGGGUGGAUCAGAUGGCCAAGGCGGCGGCGAGAUAUGGAAUGAAUUUCCUGAAGGGAAGGGUCGAAAGGACGAGCAGGGAAGGGUCGAUGCAGGUGGUGGACAGUGGGUUUCUGGAAAUCCUGUGA